CGCUUGAGCAGUUCGCCACCUACCCUCCAUUCUCUCCAGGACCUCCCCGCCUCCGCCUCUUCCCAUCUCCUCCUCCUCCACCAGCCACCCCUCCAAUUCCACACAAAACACACGGGGAAAUCAAUCGCGACCAAAAACCCGCGGUUCCCUCUCUGCGCCCCCCUCCCUCCGCGGAGGAGACGAGAAGAGCCGACGACUAUUCGCCUCUCGCCCGCCCUCCCUUCUCCUCCCUCGCCAGGAGAUCCGAUCGGUCGAGGGCUUGCCGGGAAGAAGGACCGCGCGCGGAUAGAUACACAAGCAAAUAAAGGGAUCCUCCAAGGCCGCGACAGCAGGGAAGUCGCCGGCCGCCGGCGGGGAGGGGAAGGAGAUGUCGGACGGCGCGGGCUCCCGGAUGGGCGUCGCCGGCGCGCUGAGCCUCUCGGUCACCUCGUCCGUCGCCAUCGUCAUCUGCAACAAGUACCUCAUCAGCACCCUCGGCUUCUUCUUCGCGACGACGCUGACGAGCUGGCACUUGAUGGUGACCUUCUUCACGCUGUAUGUUGCGCAGCGGCUGCGCUUCUUCGAGCCCAAGCCUAUCGACGCGCGGACGGUCAUCUCCUUUGGGUUGCUCAAUGGCAUCUCCAUUGGCCUCCUCAACCUCUGCCUCGGAUUCAACUCUGUUGGCUUCUACCAGAUGACCAAGUUGGCCAUCAUACCCUUCACCAUCGUCUUGGAAACCAUCUUUCUGAACAAGAAGUUCAGCCAGAGCAUCAAGGCCUCCCUCAUGGUCCUGCUCCUGGGAGUCGGCAUAGCGUCGGUCACGGACCUCCAGCUCAAUCUCCUCGGCUCCAUCAUCGCCGUGCUCACCAUCGCCGCGACAUGCGUCGGACAGAUUCUGACCAACCAAAUCCAGAGGAGGCUGAAGGUGUCCUCGACGCAGCUGCUGUACCAGUCGUCGCCGUACCAGUCCGCCGUGCUGCUCGUCACCGGCCCGUUCGUCGACAAGCUCCUGACAAAGCGCGACGUCUUCGCCUUCAACUACACCGUCGAGGUCGUGGCGUUCAUCGUGCUGUCGUGCUCGAUCGCGGUGUGCGUCAACUUCAGCACGUUCCUGGUGAUCGGCACGACGUCCCCCGUGACGUACCAGGUGCUGGGCCACCUCAAGACGUGCCUGGUGCUCUCCUUCGGCUACAUCAUCCUCAGGGACCCCUUCAGUGCCCGCAACGUGGCCGGCAUCCUCAUCGCCAUCUUCGGCAUGGGUCUCUACUCCUACUACUCCGUCGCCGAGAGCCGGAAGAAGACCGAGGCCGCCAUCUCGCUCCCGGUCGCCGCCCAGAUGAUCGAGAAGGACUCGGCGCCGCUCCUCGGCGCCAAGGGCUCGCCGCGGCCGGAGAACAAGAGCGAGGAUAGCUUCGACUACAUGCCGAGGACGGCGAAGAGCGCGUUCACCGGCCGGUGAGGGUACGCACCGGCCUUAUUAUUUUCUAGAAGCAAGUGUGGUGGUAGACGACGAGCAACACGGUGAAAGAUGUGCCGGCGGCGGCCAAGUGAAGUUCCGGUCCUCAUUUUACGAUUUUCUCCUCAUAGGGUGAUGAUGGACGAGUUUGGUAGAGCCUAGAUGAGAGAGUGGGCGCGUCGUGUCCCCGAGCUUGAAAUGGUGGAUUGGACUUGGUGAUCGUGCAAGAUGUGCAAAAUCCUUUUGAUUUAGGACCCGGCUAACUGCCGUAAAAACAUACUUCCAUACGGCCGUACUAUUUUUGGAAAAAAAAAUAAACUGCCUCUUUCCUCUUU